AUCUGCAAGUCGUGUCAGGGUCAGCAGAGCAGCGUAGCACGGUACUAGGCCCUGGGGUACCGUAUACUGCUCUUGGACCAGAGUUUGAUGGUCGGCCCUCCCGAGUCGAUAAGUAUUUAAUCGAUGUAGGUGUGGCCUAAGACCUCAAACGUACUCCGCACCCCUCAACCUGCCGCCCUUGGGUCACUGUAGACCAGUACUCGUAUCUCUCGCUCUGGGGAAUACUGAACAGUGAAUACCGAUUUGGCCACGAUAUAUCAUCUCCUGUUCUGUCAUGAUGUCAGAUUCACAGUCUGAAUUCUAUCGGAAUCUUAUUCAGGCCCGGUAUGUCUUGUGGGAGCAGCACAAAAAAAAACUCGGUUUCAUUCGAGACCGAGUGCCUCACCUCACCGACGAGGAGAAGCUGCUGCUCCGCCAGUAUGAAGGCUGCUUCAAAUGUCGCCGCUUCUUCGUGGAUUGUCAGGCCUCGACUUGCACCAAAGGCUUUCCGGAUCCGCUUCAGUACCAUUCGCUCACCAUGGCCGACGUGGACAUCGCACGCGCUCGCCGCGACAAAGAGUUGAUCCAGGCUGCACGGAGUUACGCUCCUGUCUCCCAAUCUGGCAUCGGGGAAGCUGGUUCUGCAGUAGGGUCUGCUAUGCGUCACACCCAGGUCGUCGGUGACCAUGACGAACGCCUACGCCGCACUGCAAGACGUGUCAAGCUUGUCAAGUCUCAGGCUGCGUAUACGACGACCCCAGGGUUUGAGAGUGCGUGAACGAAUAUUGAUGCAAUCUCUGAUUCUGACAAUCAAUGGCACCCGUGCCAAAUGCGUCUAU